AUGACGCAAAGCUGGGUUGUCUAUUUCUCUUUCAAUGGAAAAAAACGCGAGUGGAAAAGUGAGACUCCGAGGCCCUGGCUGGCGUUAAGAUGCUUGACUGCCCCACAACGCUACUGCUCGCGCGGGGAGCCCGCGGCUGAGAUGGCUGGGACUCCUGGGCCCUAUGAGGCUAAAGCCGCAGAAGCCUUCCUGGAACCCUCUUUGUCGCCCCACCGCGGGCCCCAGCAGCUCCCAGCGUCCGGCCCCUCGGGCCACUGGAAAGACGGCAUUCUAGGUCCCCAGGGCGCGCCGCGAGCGGAGGGAAGGAGCUCCCAGAGCGCCUCAGGCUUCCGGGCGGGGCGGCUGACCUCGGAGAACUGCGCCUGCGCGCUUUCUGCGUCCCGGGGGUCUCGUGAUGCAUUGGGUGCGGAGCGGAAAGCCCUGGGGCUGCCCGGCCCUCGAGGCCUGCGGGGUGGACUGACCCGCACCCUCCUCCCGCCCCUAAGAGCGCCCCUCUUCGGUGCUGGUCUCGCCACUAUCAGUGGCCCGUCGCCAGGUGUAAAACGGAGAUUGAUCUUUUGGGACGAAGAGGUAGUUUGCAAAUCCAGAUACCCACGGGAGGAUUCGAGCAGGGAAAAGAAGUCUUCUCCAGAAACCUGCCUGGAAGAUGUACACUCCUGUGUCAUUGGCCAGAAUAGUGCCAGUCGCUCACAUCUAAGCCAGUCAUCGGACACAGAGGUCCCACGUUGGAGUGUUAGAGGUACAGUGCAUAAUGAAUGCAGGACCCUGAGUCACGGUUUGGAGGGAUUAGAGGAACCAGCCUCAAUGUCUGGACUCACCAACAUCCUGUCAAGAUAUUUAAAAAUGAAUCUCAAAGGACUUGGAGCCUUCACAUAACAACUACAACAGCAACAACAACAAUGAUAACAAAAGGAUGAUCUCCAUCUCUUAGUGACAUUUAGCUGUUUCCAAGAGGAAUACUGGACAGAAUGUUGGAAGGCUAGGAUGGCUCAAGACGUGUAUCUACUCCUCCCCUAUCUUCCCAGGCGCAAGGUCUCCUCUGGGGGUCAUCCCUCCACGUUCAUCCCCGCCCUGAGAGUAGAACUGAAAGCAGAGAAGGAGGGAUCAUAUUCCCUUUGGACCCAGGUAACAUCUGGAUGUUGAAGCCUGGCCUGAUAUGUUUUUCCCACUGUAAGAAAUACCCCAGCCCUGAGAAACUGCCUCAUGACUGAUUGAAAUUUCCUUAUUAUCUGUUAAAUUGGGAGUUUGAACUAGACGGGUAUUCAAAAUUUUUUUUUUUUCCAGAUUCCUCUGGGGUAUGGGACUCGGGCAUCUCAUUAACUAAAGUGCACCCUUAUUUAAGGAGCCAUGGCAUAUGAAUGGGUCCCUCUAAUUCCCUGGCACCAUGCCACCUUUGCAGUAGGUUUCUUAGUGACUAUCCAUUGAUUACUAAUCUGGGGCAAAGCCAACACAGCUAAACCUUCCUCCAGAUAGGUUCAUUUUGUCUUACUGUUCUUGCCUUGGGCUGUUGUAGUCUUUUGAUGAAGGUCUUAAAUUAACAAGCUCGUUUCACAUCUAGAACUAAGACAACCCUUCCUGUUCACCCCAUUCCAAAUGAGAACAAUUUCAUCCCUAUCACUCUAAGAUCCCUUGUCCCCAAAAGCUCAGAUACCAAUUAGCCCCCAUUGGAGAUUAAUAAACAAUACAAUAAUGACAGAUAAAAAGACUAAUUCUUUGGCUGAGAGAAUCACUUUAAUUAAUUUAAUCCUGGCUGAAAGAUCAGCUGUGCUCAGGCCUGCUCACCAGCAGGGUCCAUUUAUCCCAGUCUGUCCCUUCCUUGAAAGCCAGGGUGUGCUUGGGAGCUGGCCCUUAAGCAACAAUGAGAAGCAGAUUGUACUGUCAGGCUUCAUUAAAGGUCAUCAUUAGUAUUCCAAUUUGAAGACCGUAGCUCUAGCUCAACCUUUUACCAAUUCUUCCCUGGUGCAUUGUGAGGUUUGGUUCAGCUGUGAAAUGUAAAAUUUCUCCCUGGGCUCCCGGUGUCAGGAUGGGUAUCAUUUGAUGCCUGUCGCUCUGCAGCUUAAAGGGCAAAUCCCCCUGGGGGAAGUGACGGUCUCCGGACUCUAUUUGAAAAUCAAGUCCUGUGCAGCUGCCUGGGAUCCGAACAUUUCAAGGGAUGGAACUUUCUAGAAGUCAGCCUCAGCCAUCAGAAAUAGGCCUUUUCAUCUUACCUGGGAAUCUAUUCCAACUGUUCUUUUGCAAAAUAGCUGAAAAAGACUUCUUAGUGGAACCCAGGCUAGUGACAAAUAGCAACCAUCAUCAAAGUGCGAAAUUGCCCUGGGACAAAAGCUCAGUAGAGAGAGGGUGCUUUGAGGAGACAGUUUUCAGACUGCUCCCUGCGCACAGGAUAGGAAAUGGUCAUUUUCCUUCUCUGCAAACAGCCAGUUUUCUAACCACUUUACCUCUGCUGAAGCAAUUUUUAUUUUUAGGUGAUUGUAUGCAGAGUGGUAAAAUUUUACAUACUUUUUACUCUUUUUCCUAGUAAGUAGAGCAACAGCCUAGUUUCUGCCUGUUUUUUUGAAAUGAGGUCACCUCCUCCGGGUGCCUCUCCAUCACCUGUCUUCUCUGACUCCCUGCUGUCCGGUUAUUUUCAGCUGAUUAUUUUCAUUGUUUUUCUCUUGGCUCUUUAACCUGCUUGUCUCACAUCUGUUGGUGCCAGGCCAUGAUGUUCUUUUUUAAAAUUAGUGUCUCUUUUGUACUGGAUUCUAAUCUCCAAAUGAAUCUGUCCCUGGAAUGGAUCUUAUCCCUUCCUUCCUCCUUCCCUCCCUCCGUUCCUCCUUCUCAUCUUCCUCCUCUUCCUCCUCCUCCUCCUCUUUCUCUCUCUCUCCCUUCCCCCUUUCCCCCACAUUCUCUCUUUCCACUUGUCCUGGUUCAGGUUGGUAAACAACGUCUAGGAGAGACCAAGUUAAAACAGGAAAAUCAGUGGACUGUCAACCACGUUUGUCGACAAACACCUGAUGUCCAGAGUGAUGUGUUACUGAUGACAAGGUCUCAGUGGGAACAUUUUCACAAAAUCAGGGGAAAAGUAACUUUUAAGUAACUGCAUUUAUAAAUGAGCCAACUUAAGCCCAAGUCUACCUUGCUGCAGUGGUUUCUGUGUCUGAGGGUCUUCCGCAGCAGUAUAUUUUGAAUAGUCCAGUGUUAACCAUAAGGGUGAAGUCUUAACAGUCACAGAUCUGUCUGGUGAACUCCGCUUCUGAUAAAGCUUGGCCCGUGUCAGUGUUCCCAUGGGGCUUCCUCUGACACCCCGUCUCCAAUUAGAAGACACAGCAGCCUGUUCUGUGUCCUGGAGCUGUCCGAGUACAUCCUGGAUGAUAGCAAUUUCAACUUGUCAUUCUAGCAUUCUAGCUGUUUGUCUGUGAGUAGCCUAGAAGCAAGGAUGGCUGUGGUUGUUCUUCUUUGCUUUAUUUUUUAAACGCUUAUGCUCCUAGCACAGGCCUGGCACAGAAAGAAAGUUCAGUACAGAUUGACUUAGAGAAAUCACAAUCACCACAUGGCUCUCAGCGCUCAGCACACUGGACUGUGAGUUCCGUGAGGACACAGGAUGUGAAGUCUUGUUCACUGCCAUACUCUUGGCAUCUACCAUAGUGUCUGGGGGUAUCAUAAA